AAUCUCUGCUUUUUCUACAGGACUUAUAACAUAUCAGCAAAGUAUGAGGACAUCAUCUCCAAAAGUUCUCUGAUCUCUUCAGGAUCUCCUGAUGUCUACCAGCUGAGACCAAAGGAAGAGAAGUUUGGAACUCUGACAAGAAAAACUGUUGGUGAGAAAAACCUGAACAAGAAAAACAAAACCAUCUUACUUGUAGGUGAAACAGGAACAGGAAAAUCUACUCUGAUCAACGCUCUGGUCAACUACACCAUGGGAGUGAAGUUUGAGGACAACAUCUGGUUUGAGAUUGUAGAAGACGAGAAGAGAAGUCAGUUAGAGAGUCAGACAUCAGAUGUGAUCGUGUACCAGAUCUUUGGUUAUGAAGAUAAAACUCUGCCCUUCUUUCUGACCAUCAUUGAUACUCCUGGAUACGGAGACACCAGAGGGAAUGAACAUGAUGUCAACAUCAGACAAAGAUUAUUUGACUUGUUCCGCUCAGAAGAUGGAGUUCAUGAGAUUGAUGCAGUGGGUCUGGUGAUGAAGGCGAGUGUGAAUCGACUGAGUGACCGACUGAAGUACAUCUUUGAUUCAGUGACGUCUCUGUUUGGAAAAGACCUGGAGAAGAACAUCGUCGCUCUCAUCACACACUCUAAUGGACUAACACCUGAUGAUGCUCUGAAAGCUCUUGAAACUGCAAACAUUAAAUGUGCCAAAAAUGAGAAGAAUCAGCCCGUUCACUUCCUGUUUAAUAACCGUCAGACCACACAGAGAGCAGAGGAAACAGAGUUUGCUUUAGAGAACGCAUGGAGGGUAACAGAGAGAGGAAUGAAACGAUUCACAGACGUCCUGGAAAAAUCUAAACCUCAAAAUCUGAUAACAACUGUUGAAGUGUUGAAAGCACGCUUCAGAAUAACAGCCUGCAUCCAAAACCUGCAAGACAGAAUCCAGCUGAUUGAACUAAAACAGAACGAGAUCCAACAGACUGAAGAAGCUCUGAAGAAACAUAAACAAGAGAUGAAGAAGAAUGAAGAGUUCACUGUAGAAGUUGAUGAGGUCUACAAAGAGAAAGAAGACAUCAGAGGUGGGAAGAGGUGGUUGUUUUUUUAUAAAGGAGCUGUCACCUGUAACACCUGUAAAGAGAACUGUCACUAUCCUGGAUGCACAAUGGCCCGCAGUCCAAAACACUGUGAGGUCAUGAAAGGAGGUCGCUGUACUGUUUGUACAGGGAAGUGUCCUGCAGAAGAUCAUGUGAAAGAAAAAUGGAGAUAUGUGAACAAGACCAGGAAAGUUAAGAAGACCCUACAAGAUGUGAAACAGAAAUAUGAAAAGAAUAAGGUAGAUCGUGAACAGAAGAAGAGCCUUCUGGAAAAUCUUCAAACAGAGAUGGAAAAACUGAAAUCAGUGAAGAUUCAGCUGCUUACAGAGGCCUACCAACAUGUGGAACAACUAGAGCGGAUCGCCCUGAAUGUUAACUCACUGUCUACUCAUGUCCACCUGAACUUCCUGAUUGAGAAGAUGAAGGAGAUCAGAGCCACAGAGAAGGUCCAGAAACUGGAGGAGAUGAAACGUCGAGUGGAUGAAGGAACCAGAGCAGGGCUGUGAUACAUGUUUGCUAAACUAACAGCAGUUAAAGAUGCAGUGAUGAAGAUGAACAACAUCAGACAGCUGUGUAGACAACAAGCUCUACACUGUUCAUAUAAAUGUUUAAACAUCACAAACAUUAUUUCAUUUUAAUCUUAUUAAGUGUGAUGUUGAUAAUUGUAAUAUUUCUC